AUGGGGAAGUGGAGAAAGGUAGGUGGAGUAGUAUGUGAUAAGAAAAUGCCAAUCAAGCUAAAAAUCAUGAUCUAUGGCACAGUGAUAAGACCAGUGGUAAUGGAUGGAUCAGAAACAUGGGCUCUAAAAGGAAAAGAGGAAGUAAAACUUGAGAGAACAGAAAUGAGAAUGCUGAGAUGGAUUAUGGGAAUGUCGCUGCUUGAGAGAGUGGAAAAUGAUGAAAUAAGAAGCAGGGCAGGCUUAGUCAAGAUGACACAGGUGAUAAGAGAGUCACGAUUGAGAUGGUAUGGGCAUGUGUUGGGGAUGGGUGAUGAGGAGGGAGUGACGAGGGCUUGGGACGAACCUGUUAGAGGAAGAACAUCGAGAGGGAGCCAGAGACUCAGAUGGCGAGAUAAAGAGAAGGAAGAUAUGGAGAGAAGAGCUUUGGUGGAGGAUGACGACUUUGAUAGAGGGCAGUGGAGAAGGCGCAUCAGGCAACCGACCCCUUAA